AAUUAUACCUUUAGUCACCGUGAAUGUACGUUGAUCAAGUGGCAGUGUUAUGAAUCAGUUUGAGUGUUAAUUCGCAUUUCUACCACAGUCGGUAAAUACAACACCAAUUCGUUGUUAUAAGCAUACAAAGAUUAGUGUGGUGCGAUUCGUCAGCAACAAGAUAUUUAACAUUGUUUUUUGACGUCCAAAAACGAGAUAAGCAGCGAUUGGAUCCGUGAUAAAUUUCCUGCAUUGUCGAUAAAAGUAACCACCGAGUGUUUCCUCAACCGAAGGUGGGCCAAAGGAAUCAAAGGAAUCAUAAUGGCAAAAAUGGCGUUUCAACACCAGGCGGGGACCGCGAUGGAGUGCCUCAGCAUUCCUAUAACGUUGCACAAAGAAAAAGAUGUGGACGAAGAGGGACGCGAAGUACUUAAAUGCGGGUUCAAAAUCGGUGGUGGAAUAGACCAAGAUUUCAAAAAAAGUCCUCAAGGAUAUACUGAUUAUGGCAUUUACGUGACGGAAGUCCACGAAGGGAGUCCUGCGGCAAAAUCCGGCCUUCGAAUGCACGAUAAAAUUUUACAAUGUAACGGAUACGACUUUACUAUGGUAACGCACAAGAAAGCCGUCAGUUAUAUUAGGAAAAACCCGGUGCUCAAUCUGCUGGUGGCACGAAAGGGAGUUACCUCAACUUAAACAUCACACACACAGACACAUACACGUCGCUGUGCCGAAGGCGUAGACUUUUUGUUACAAUAGGUAUUACUACUAUUAGAUCGUAUAUUAGCUUUUAAUGGAUGUAGGCAUCGCUGCCGGAUAGGACAUGCCCGUGUUAGAGUAUAGUUUCAGAAAUGUUUUUAUCAGUACAUUCGGAAGCAUUUUUAAAUAAGGAUUACUUUAUUCAUUGCACAGCGGACCUUGAUAAUAAAACCGUACAUUGAACAGCUGGGAAAUCUUUCGCUACCAAGUUUCUAGGCUGUUGGGAACAUUUGAUUUUUCUCUAUGCUUAUUAGCUAGCGUAAGCACUUUACCAGGAAAUGAGCUCUCUUUAUUAGACUUACACAUAAUGAUCACAAAAUGUUCCUCUAUUGUUAACCUAUCUAAGUGAUAUUCCAGUUUAUUCAAAUAAAAACCUAUUAGAUUUUUUACACCACAAAAUUUGUAUGUUACGGGGGGUGUUACGACUUAUACACAAUUCCAAGAUUUGUUUCAAAUUCAUCAGGCAUGGAGAAUUACAAAUGUUCCAUCAAUCCUAUUAAACAAUCCACACAAGCAAGCUGAUCAAUCGUAAUAGAUAAGAUGUAACUGUUUAUCUAAUUUUAUAUAGCCUCAAAUGGGAAUAAAUGCAUGCCAAAGUAAA